AUGAAGAAGAAGAGUAAUGAGAACAUAAAUAAUGGGAUACACCCACACAUUAGACAGCUAACUGGGCAGGGAGCAACCUUAAUUGUCAAUCAUGAUGGAGCCUUACAUACUAUUCUUGGCCAAAGAAAAGGACUUCAGUUCCACAGAAAAGUCAAACAAAUGCUUGCGGUUUCCACAUAUAUUGCCAUGAAAGUUCAUUUGAGGCAUCUCGUUUUCAAUAUUGAUUCCCUUUUGAAUGCUGUACAAGACCAAUUGUCAAGGAAUUUCUUGUUUUCGGAACUUUUCGACGGUUUACUGAGCCUCUUAAGCUUGACUCCAUUGAUUAAUUAUUGUCUCCGUGCCAUCGAGACAGUGAUGUGUCUAAAGGUUUAUAUUAUUGAUGCGAAUUUUUUUCAUCAAAUCUUGACUUUUAUUGCACAUCAUUUUACGUAUUUUUUACCAUACUAUUAUUUCACACCUUCCCCAUUUCUAUUCUCAAACUUUUGCAUGAGUUCGCACAGUGUUUUGUAUCUAAAAUACAGAAGUGGGAAGACGAGAAUUCAAAUGCGGGUGUCACUGAUACGAAUUUGCAGAAAUGAGUGUAUUCGGGGAAUUCCAUCAUACUUGGGUAAUAACUGGGCUGUGUAUAUGAAACCCACAACAUUAUUCACUGUAUUAAAUCAUGAUGAGUUUUUUAAAGUUAUCAUUUGUGAUAUUUGCCAGGUUCUUUGCCCAUAUGCAAAUGAAGGACCGAAAAACACAUAUCAUGAUGAAGCUGCUUACCCCAAUUCUUCAGUUUACAUAUUUUCAACCAAACGGAAUUGCGUUUACCUAAAGAAAGUUCCUUAUUCAUAA